ACGAACCUCUUCUAUUCCGCCAUAUUGACAUUCGACAACUUUUAGGGAGGAUUGGUGAAUGUGUUAGCGUUUCUUUAAAGUGUAAAGUGUUUUUUAAAAAGGUUAUAAGCAAUCACUAUGGGGAAUGUGUUUGCUAAUUUAUUUAAGGGCCUUUUCGGCAAAAAGGAAAUGAGAAUAUUGAUGGUAGGAUUAGAUGCUGCUGGUAAAACCACAAUUUUAUAUAAACUAAAAUUAGGAGAAAUUGUUACAACUAUUCCAACUAUUGGGUUUAAUGUCGAAACUGUAGAAUAUAAGAACAUCAGCUUUACGGUGUGGGAUGUAGGUGGUCAGGAUAAAAUUAGGCCGUUGUGGAGACACUAUUUCCAAAAUACACAGGGCCUAAUCUUCGUAGUUGACAGCAACGACAGGGAGCGUAUAGGCGAGGCGAAAGACGAGCUGAUGAGGAUGCUGGCCGAGGACGAGCUGAGAGAUGCCGUUUUGCUAAUUUUCGCCAACAAACAGGAUUUGCCAAACGCAAUGAACGCGGCCGAGAUCACCGACAAGUUGGGACUGCACUCUCUGAGGAACCGCAACUGGUACAUCCAGGCCACAUGCGCGACCAGCGGCGACGGUCUCUACGAGGGUCUGGAUUGGCUGUCCAACCAGUUAAAGAAUGCUAACCGUUAAGUGCAGUGGUCUCUAGCAGUCACCCUGUGAUUGUCUAUGUACUGAACUGUCAGUGUUAAUUUACCAUAUGUUGCAAUUAUGACUCACGUUUACUGUUUGUCGACGUACCCACUUAUCCGUAUUCUUAAUAUAAUUUUUUGUAUCGUAUGGUGGACAAACGGUAUACUUAGUGUUAAACGUUGCACUGUCUUUAUAUAUGUUUUUAUUUAUUCUGGUAACGAGCCGAUUUAUUUUGUACCAUAAUUUUUUGUACUAGAUAUAUCUGUACAGUAGACAUUUGUAUUAAAUAAACUAAAAAUAAAACGUUAUCCUUGUAACAUAUGGUAGGGCUGUUGUUCAUCUUAGAACAUAUUUUAAUUGGGCACGGCUCAAGCAUUUUAUUGUUUAAAUUCGGUUACAUGUUUCUCUUUGUUCUCCUUUGUCUCAAUUGUAAACCAUAUUUUACGAUUACUUUUAACUUUUCUGGGGCGUACUUUUAUUUGACAAACAGUGGAGUAAGUAAGAUAUAAUAAAUAAGUGAUCUAAUUAUAUACAUUUUGAGGUUAUAAUUUCAAUUUUCGUGGACAUUCCCGUUUGUCAGCUAUAUUAUCAAAUAAAUUUAUACUAUUAACUUAUUGUCUAUAAUUUUGCGCGUGCCGGGCGGGCCUCAGACAUGAUCGGGUCUCAAACUGCCUUCGAUGUAGUUUUUUAACGGUUUCGAGCCUAAAAUUGCAACCCAAUUUAACACAGUCCCACUCUGAAAUAUUUUUUAAGAUCUAAGAAGUGAACGCCCUGUACAAUACAUUCUAAUUUAUUUCAGAUUCAAAUGUAGCUAAUCAAGUCGUAUUCGGUAAUAAAUGUAAAUAAAAUGAG